AUGAAUAAUACUCAUGCAACCUUGCUCGAUAAUCCAAAGCCAGGCUCACUCCCUGCACUUCCUCGUAGUGUCAAUGUGUGUGCUAUACCUGUAGGUGAACCAACACCCGCUAUUUCUACGACCGUCACCACAUCCAUAUCGUCAGAGCCAAAAGACGCGAAGACUGCAAGGCCUAUAGAGUCGGCUAUUCGUUGUAUAGAAGAGUCUAUCAUGCCAAAUGAUGCAGAAGCUUUAUCUGAAACAAAAGAGUCUAGCGCUAGAUCAUCCAUUACUUAUGAAACCCAAAGCCAGCAUCAUUCAUCCAUGGCACUAAAUUCAUCACAGGCUCUUUCAUCGAGUCCUGAAAAAGUCGUCAAUCAAAAUCUCGCUACUGAGGAAAAAUCAAUUUCUUUAGAAGAGCAUAAUCAAAAUUUAUUUGACCAACACAUAGACUUCAGUAGUGAUCAAGUUCAACCACCUCACGAGCAAGAUUUUAUUGAAUUGGCAGGGGAUGAAAGUACCAGUCUCGGUAAAAUAGAUCUAUUAGACAAAAAUGGUUCAGACCAAGAAUUAGACAAUAGCGACUUGCUAACCGAUUCCAAGUCAGACGACGACUUGUCCGAUAUAUCUGAUUCAGAAAUCUUUCAAGGAUAUAAUUUUAAUGCGUCAGACAAUGAUAUGUAUGCCAUCAAUGCAGCAGACUUAUCGUCCAGUACUCUAGAUCAACUAAACCCGGAAAUAGAUCCUAUUCAAGAAGCUCAAAUUCUUGAAAAAUACUACAGGCAUGGUGCCUUGUCCAUUUUCAAAGGAAAGGAUCAAAUGCAAGCCAUGAAAUCCAAACUCGAGCUUAAAUCAGAAAUUCAACAGACUCGCAAUGAAAUUUUAUAUAUGGAGCAUCGUAUCCAUGAAAUGCAAAGUGUUUUGGCUGAUACUAAAGAAAGUCGACAGCAAUCACGCGCGGAUUUAGAUAAGAUUGCCAAGGAGCUAGAGGAUAUCAUUCAAACAGCAACGCAUGUGCUUGUCAAUAUCCCUUGUCAUCAGCAACUUGAAAGUAUGAAUACUCUGCCAUCCACCACUGUAAAUUCCAGUAAAACAUCUUUAGAGCGUGCAAUAGAUAUACGACACAUUGUUCCAUUCAACCCAAAACUAAUGGGAAAUCAACGGUAUCGCAUGCUGCGUGAUCAUUACCAACUCCACGCUCAAUGCAUUUCAGAUGCAAAACACACAAUCUCAGAAGUCGAGGGUUACCUCACAAGUGCUCAAAAUGAUCUUGUAGAAUUUAAGCGCCAUCAGCUGGAAUUGAAACCUUUUGAAAUUCAAUUGAGUCAAGAGGAAGUUCAGGAAUAUAUAGAAAUGCGAAUCAUUUCAAAACAUCGUGCUCAAAGAGCAAAACGGAAAGUUAGAUUGCAGAUGGCAAAGGCUGCCAAGUCGAAACAAGAAAAAGCAGAAAAAUUGACUGCUGAUUGCGAACGAUUAUAUCAACAAGAGAAUGAGCAAGAAAAACAAACUAAAUUGAUGCAGAAGCGGUUUGCACAGUCAAAUGCUAAAAUCGAGGCCGAAAAAUCACGACUGAUUGAUGAGGACGCUCAAGCACAGUUGAAAAAGCAAAAGGCUUUGGAAAUACUGUCAAAACGAAUCAAUAAGAUACGCCAACAUACUGAAAUUACCAAGAAAAACAAAGCCAAUACUUUGAAUGCAGUCGAUUCAAGUACAUCCAUAUCAGAAACUGCAGCUAAAGAAUCAUAUGCUAUCCAGCAAAUCAAAAAGAAUAUUUUGUUUAAACAAACAAAGUCGCACGAGCAACAGAGAAUGGUUAGAGUAGAGCAAGAAGCAAAAAAAAUGACAAUCCUUAAAAAGCUUAUCGACGAGGAGGACAGGUAUCGCAAAAGCAAAAUAAGCGUGCAAACCAAGCCAGAUUCAUCUAAAUUGUUUAAAGAAAAACACUUUGGACAGCCUCGACAAGGCGUUUCCGAUGAAAAGUAUUUCAAGUCUCUCAAACUAGAUUCAAUCAACUUCAAUGCAGCCGUUUCCAGACCACACUCACGGUUACAGGAUGUAUUUGAAAAUCCAAAAGAUCCACUAGCCGAUAUUGAUCAAAGUAAUAUACACCACACAGCUGUUGUAAUGAACAAGCCUGAUUGUCAAACAAAAAAAUCAUAUUCUAAUCAUGAACAGCAUACAGUACUAUGUGAUUCGCACUUGUCGAUACCAGUCAGCAACAUUUCCAAGAUGACUCAAAACAGAUAUCCUCCGCCACAAAUGAAAAACUACAAGCCAAACAAACAUGAGCCUCAUCUUCCAAAAGGCGUCUUGGGAUUUUGUGCUUCUCCCUCCGAGUUCAUAUUUCGCGACUAUGAUUCCGAGCAAGUUUACAUGGCAAAAGCCACCAUUACUAAUGUUUCUGGUAGAAUCAAUUCGUUCAAACUUUUGUCCAUUCCAAUUGAAAUAUCCAGUCUUUUUGACGUACAAUUUUCCCCUCCCGGAAAGUUGUGUGCUGGAACAAGCUGCGAUGUGAAAAUUGUAUUUCGGCCAUCAUUUGGAUUUGAUCAGGACAUGCCUUUAACAAAGAUCUAUUUUGAAUCAGAAGUGGGCGAGAAUUUUUCAGUAUCUGUUGGGUGCUGUACUCGUAAAUGUCGACCAGUGAUUGCAUCAGUCGGAGGUGGAGAGUAUGCCAAGACGGUUCAAUUUUAUGAAAAGAUUGGCAACGGAAACUCGAAUACUGGCAAUGCCAAAAUGGACACAAACAAACUUAUUGAACAAACUUCUUUUUCAUAUAAGCAAAAAACAGUUGCAGUGAUGAAGGACGAAAAUUCAAUAGAGUUGGAUCUUGGAUCUUGCGUAGUUGGUAGCCAGCAAAGUGCAUGCAUUGAUCUUGCAAAUUUUGGUGCAAUCAGUGUUGGAUACCAAAUCAUGCAUGCUCAAUCAUACAAAGAAUCAUUGUGUUUGAAAACUGGGACGACCCAUUCACUUUCAACUGUCAAUUCCAACUGCAAAUCGUCUGUACCCGAUAGCGGAGAAUUGGACAAUCAAAACAAUGCGAUUCUACUGGCAAGCGUCAAUAAUGUAUCGACACAAUCAUCACUUGAAAAAACCUUGGCACAGGUUACCAAAAAGACAAAAUCCGAGCAUUUAUACGACUCUAAUGGCUUACCCAUGGAUACGCCAACCUCACAGUCAGUAUCCAACACUGAUACAAACUGGAUUGAAACAGAUGGCGUGUUCCAUGUGCAUGGAAAAGAGUGUGUUCUUCCAGGCUAUCAAUCACAUAUCAUUAACGUCGAUUUUAAACCUCCGUACGUGUCUAUUUUAUAUUCAGAAUCCAAUACCAAACUAUUGGACAAUACAAACUCUAUUCCAACUGGGAACAAAUCCACCUUUACAUUUGUGAUCAAGUUUGAAAACCCGACCAUCAAACCAAUUUUUAUUACAUGUAACGCCAAGUCUAUUCCAGCACCUAUUAUGAUUGACAAAAACCUUUUCGACUUUAAAAUAUGCGUAGUUGAUGGUAUUUAUCGUGAUAAAAUCAUGGUUCGCAAUCACAACAACAUCUCACUCAAGUUCUGGUUUGAAGUUGACAACAACCAACUGCGACACAUCCCAGAUUCAAAACCAGUCAAAAUUCCCAAUUUAGGUGAAAUUGAAAUCUCGCCAGCAAUGGCAUUUGCUCAGCCAUUUGAACCUUUUUUUGUCUGGCUUACCAUUAAACCUUUAUACGACUCUUGUGGAGCUGCCAUGGAUGCUUCUGGAAAGCUGCCUUUUAAUGUUCCCCUUUUACUGAAAUACGUUGAAACAACUACUCGGGUUGAACAAAGUAUUUCAUUAAAACUUGUUGGAACAAUUACAAAUAAUGACGUUCGAUUAGAAUCAAUUGACAAAUCUCGAUUUCUGAAUUUCGGUGCGAUAUCAACACUUGAAACCAAGCAGCUUCCGUUAGUUAUAACAAACCCCUCAGCCUUACCACAAUCAAUCCGAUUUAUAAAAUUCACAGAUGCGUUUUCUGUGGUUCCGCUUGAAACAGAAGACGGCUCGGAAGAUGUAAUUUCAUUAAAUCCUCUUCAAUCCAUCACACGAAUGGUAAAAUUUGAGCCUACAGAAGAAGCCGAGUAUGACAUUAAGCUUACAUGUCAGUCCACAUGGUCAAGAAAGUUUGAUAUACGAUGUAGCGGUAUUGGUGUAAAGCCUCUGGCUCAAUUCGAAUUUUCGCAAAUCUCUUUUAGUCCUUGUGCUUUUGGAAGUCGGCGGCAAACUCGAGUUAGGCUUAUUCAACAGCUAGGAGUGGAUAAGAUGAGAUUCAAGCGCUCCAGCAAUAAGCUUUCGUCGCGUGCUUGUAAUGUGCUUGAUCACACUAUUGAGAAUUCACCAAGCAAUGACGUCUUGUUUGAAUUUGGAACCCCUAUUGUUAUUGGAGUGAGUGAUCAAAAGGCAGUAUUUCAGUCCACUGAUAGUAUUGGGCAGCAGCGCACAUCAGCACCAGAUUCAGUCUUGAGUGCAAUCCAAGACAGCAAAGUUGGUGCUUUACAACCCCAUUCGCUAUCUAAUUCAUCAACUGCUAUUGGCUUAAAUCCAUCUGUCAGAACUGCAGUAGAAUCAACGUUCUUGCCACAUGCAAUCCCUAUUAUUCCAGACAAGGAUAUCGAUUCGCUACUUCAUGACACCAGUUUGAUUCAUAAUACAAUAUCAGCAAAAGAAUCGAGUCAACAUCUUAAACUUUAUCAUGUUCUAACCCCCCAAGAUCCACAAAUCUUGACUAUCUGGCCUCAAUCUGGAAAAUUAAAACCCAUGAGUAGUCACAGUAUUGAAGUUGUGUUGAAGCCCUGCUUACCUAGAUCAAAAUGGCACUUGUCCAUUUCAGCCAACCCAUUAACUCAGCAGCAGACCGAGGGAAACCAGUCUAUAAAACCACACUCAAAUACGUCACAGCUACCCGCAGAAGGAAGUUUAAUAUCAGCGUCAUCUCUCAGCAAAACAAAACCAUUGCCAACAGAUAAACCCACCAAGCCAGCCAAGGAAACCAAAGAAGCAUCAAAGCUAUCCAAAUCUACCGCAGUCAAUCAAUUUCCAUCCAGUACAAAACUCAAGCCUCUAGCCAGUACAAACGAAAUUUUCAAUGGAGAUUCCGAGUUUGUCAAUCGACUUGUGGAGAUGGAAUCUCCUAUUAUCACUAUGCUGGUACCAUGCUAUCUUUUCCCAACUACCUCGGAACAGUCGCGUAUUGACCAGUUUAUUGAUGGAGUAUCCAUCACAGCUCCAGCAGCCGAGCCCAAUGAUCCAUCUGGUCACUCUAUAAAAAAAGUUGACGGCGCAUCUGUCAUAUACCUUAAGGUCAUUGCACCACUACAUCAGCCAGACUUGGUACUUGUUGAACCACCUCAAGGCGAAGAAUAUGAUUGGGGAUGUAUAGCAGUGGGAGAAAAAGAGUACGCAGAUAUCACGGUUAAAAACGUGUCCAAUCAAAAUAUAAAAGUGAGUGCCAGUGGAUUGAAUCCUUUUGGUCCGUUUAGAAUUAUAAACUAUUUACGCGACCUCUUGCCAGGCCAAGUGGGGAACAUCAAGGUUGCAUUUGAGCCCAAAGAUUCAUUGAGGUGCUCGGCCUCACUAGAACUAUUCAGUGGGAAAUCGCUCAUCAAGUGCAAGCUUGUUGGAAAAGGUGCUAUUUCUAUUGUCACGCUAGAUCCUCCUGAUGGUGCUAUAAAUAUGGACGACACAUGCGUGGGUGAUGUUAGCACCAAAGUACUUAAAAUAACCAACAAAAGCGUGAUACCCAUCAACUUUGUCUUGUCACUAUCCACUGUUCGCCGAGUAGUAAACUACGAAACAGAUGUCUUGUCAGAUAUGAUAGGUUCAAAUGGACUUCCAUUACUACGAUACGGCGCCAUAAACUAUUCUGGGACCAAUGCUUUUUCGCUAUUUCCAAUGCGAUUCACCGUAGCGCCAGGAACAACACAGGAUGUCACGAUAAAAUUUUCUCCAGAUAGAGAGUCUGAUCUUUUUUUUGAUCAUAUUAAUAUCUCUUACACUGGUGCAAGAGAGAAGACGCUGGUACGAGUAAAUGGCAAAGCAUGGGAGGUUACUACAGCAGUUAUUGGAUAUGAUCCACAUCCUGUCGAAGCAAGAGAAAAAAACAAUAUACCUGCUCCCAAAACAGCCAUGGAAGUUGCAUAUAGGAAGCUGCAAGGAAAUAGCACGGAGCUAUUCAAAGGUACGUAUGUAAUGGCAGAUGAAGUGAUGAAAGCAGGCGACGAAAUCAUGGGCAAUGUGAUGCAACACGUUAGUCGAAAAGAUUUUAGAUUUGUCACCAUCACAUUUCCAUGGAAGCUCACUAUGCCAGAAGACUCUACAACGAGUAAGCCGGUUUGGCGUAUCGAACCCCAUCCUCUGGUGAUUGCUAAUCUGAAACCGAUUCUUACAAAGUUGGAGUUUGGAAAGCGAUCGCCUGUAGCUGAAUACACUAUCGAAAAGUAUGAGGGAUCAUUCAAGUUUGAUGCUGAUUUGAAUCAUUACAUUGUAUGUCGAUCUCCGUGUACAUUUAACAACGAGUCAUAUAUUUCGUUUGGUAUUGAAACGAUGAAGGGGACAAUUGAUAUGGGUCAAACAAAAUCACUCAAGGUGCUUGUCAAUAACUCUGUAAAAGAGUAUUGGGAAUCGUAUAUCAAAAUGUGGGAGCGGUGCAAGAACAUCAGCAUUGAUUCAAAUCUACCUUUUGAUACUUUGAUACCUGCCUCGACUACGAAUAUCAACAAAGAAAAGGCUCGUUUAGUAGCUGGCAACAAUGCAUCGGUCACUACUACCCUGCCAAAAAAGGACGAAAAAGAAUCAAUACGUAUACAAAAGCUAAAAAAGUGUGCAGCUAACCCAGAAACAAUCACGGAUCCAGUCGAAAUUGUCAGCACGCUCGUAAACGACGAUAUUGCUGAUCUCCGAAAAGAAGCAGCAAAGCAUGAAAUCACACACCCAUUCCAUGUUGAAACAACUUACAAAAUCACUAUCAAGGGAGGCUACAGACUUGUUGAACCAAAAGGGGCUGUAUUUGCUACCGAGUCCCGUGUGUGGUUGGUCAAGAUUCAAGCUGAAAUGCCAGUAAAUACUACACAAUAA